GCAGCAAGAACCUUGGAGAAGGAGCAAAAUUUUCAAACUUAUAUAAUUCUCUAAAAUUUUCUAAAUCCUCAAAGAAUUAACAAAAUCCAAAAUGCUUUAAAACCCUAGAUUUCAGUCAAAUCGAACCCAAAAAAGGUUAAUUGAAGAAGAAAAACAGUUUUGAUCUUCAAUGGGGUUUUUCAGAAGCACAUUUACGUUUGUUGUUGGUGCAGGUUUGGGUGUCUACUUGGCCCAAAACUACAACGUCCCCAAUAUUCAGAAGCUCGUCAAUACUGGACUUGUUAUCGCCAAGCAUUUUGAAGAGAAUUAUCGCAAACCCAAGAAGAGGGAUGAUGAAAAUUAGGACUAUUCGUUACGGCGUCGUUUGUUGAAUCACCAGGAUAUGGUUGGGUAUUCAUGAUUUGACUCAAGGGUGCAAGUGGUUGUUUUGCUAUUGUCUCUGUGUUUGGAAAGAUGCAGAGCGUGCUCCUCCGUCCUCUGUAUUAUAAUAGGUAUUUGCUUCUUAGUCCACAGUUAGAUACAAGUCAGAUGAACUUUGGGAAGUUGGAGUACAAUUUGAGGGUGAAUUACUACAGGAG